AUGGACGAUACUUAUGUGUGGGACAUCAACGGUGAUGAAUUGCAAGAAUUCUCCACCAGCAAAACCUGGGAAGCUGUUCGAAACAGAGAACCAGAGCAGCAAUGGACACAAAGCAUCUGGUUCAAGGGUCAUGUCCCCCGACACGCGUUUACUGCCUGGGUUAUCUACCAAGAUCGCCUUCCCACCAGAUCAAGGCUGCUGAAAUGGGGUAUGAACAUCUCUCCCUCUUGUUGUUUAUGCGAUGCAGCGGUGGAGGACAGAACCCAUCUGUUCCUAAAUUGUGAAGUAAGUGAAGGGAUCUGGAACUUGGUUCUGCGCAGACUUGGAUGCUCUUUCAGGGCAUUCCAUACUUGGACCUCCUUCACCGAAUGGGUGUCGCUUCGUGAUACAGUCACCAGCAGGACUCUAAAAAUGAUAGUGGCGCAGGCAACAAUUACCAAUAUCUGGACGGAGAGAAACACCAGGCUCCAUGUUGGAGAAGCUCAGAGUCCGGCUACUAUUUUCUGGUUCAUUGAUCGUUUCAUCCAAGAUGUUAUCCUUGGCAAAAGGAAGCUCAAGAAAUUUCAACCUUUGAUGCAGCUUUGGAUACGUUAUGAGUAA